AUGUCGUCGUCGUCGCCGCCGCCGCCGCCGCCGCCGGCGGGGGCUGCCAGCGCCGCCAUCUCGGCCGCCGAGAAAGUGGACGGCUUCACCCGGAAAUCGGUGCGCAAGGCGCAGAGGCAGAAGCGCUCGCAGGGCUCGUCGCAGUUCCGCUGCCAGUGCAACCAGCCGGAGCUGCACCCCUUGCCCCAACUCAAAGAUGCCACCUCAAAUGAACAGCAAGAGCUUUUCUGUCAGAAGUUGCAGCAGUGUUGCAUACUGUUUGAUUUCAUGGACUCUGUUUCAGACUUGAAGAGCAAAGAAAUUAAAAGAGCAACAUUGAAUGAACUGGUUGAGUAUGUUUCAACUAAUCGUGGUGUAAUUGUUGAAUCAGCGUAUUCUGAUAUAGUAAAAAUGAUCAGUGCUAACAUCUUCCGAACUCUUCCUCCAAGUGAUAAUCCGGAUUUUGAUCCAGAAGAGGAUGAACCCACACUUGAGGCCUCUUGGCCUCACAUACAAUUGGUGUAUGAAUUCUUCUUGAGAUUUUUGGAGAGCCCUGAUUUCCAACCUAGCAUUGCAAAGCGAUACAUUGAUCAGAAAUUUGUACAACAGCUCCUGGAGCUUUUUGAUAGUGAAGAUCCCAGAGAACGUGACUUCCUGAAGACUGUUCUACAUCGAAUUUAUGGGAAAUUUCUUGGAUUAAGAGCAUUCAUCAGAAAACAAAUUAACAACAUAUUCCUCAGGUUUAUAUAUGAAACAGAACAUUUCAAUGGUGUUGCUGAACUCCUUGAAAUUUUAGGAAGUAUUAUCAAUGGCUUUGCAUUGCCACUGAAAGCAGAACAUAAACAAUUUCUAAUGAAGGUUCUUAUUCCUAUGCAUACUGCAAAAGGAUUAGCUUUGUUUCAUGCUCAGCUAGCCUACUGUGUUGUACAGUUCCUGGAGAAAGAUACAACACUAACAGAACCCGUGAUCAGAGGAUUGCUGAAAUUUUGGCCAAAAACAUGCAGUCAGAAAGAGGUGAUGUUUUUAGGAGAAAUUGAAGAAAUCUUAGAUGUCAUUGAACCAACACAAUUCAAAAAAAUUGAAGAGCCUCUUUUUAAGCAGAUAUCCAAGUGUGUAUCCAGUUCUCAUUUUCAGGUUGCAGAAAGGGCACUGUACUUCUGGAACAAUGAAUAUAUUCUUAGUUUGAUUGAGGAGAAUAUUGAUAAAAUUCUGCCCAUUAUGUUUGGCAGUUUGUACAAAAUCUCCAAAGAACACUGGAAUCCGACCAUUGUAGCGCUGGUGUACAAUGUGCUGAAAACCCUCAUGGAGAUGAACGGCAAGCUUUUCGAUGACCUUACUAGCUCAUACAAAGCUGAAAGACAAAGGGAGAAAAAGAAGGAAUUGGAACGAGAAGAAUUAUGGAAAAAAUUGGAAGAGCUAAAGCUAAAGAAAGCUCUAGAAAAGCAGAACAGUGCUUACAACAUGCACAGUAUUCUCAGCAAUACAAAUGAUGAAUAA